CAAUCAAAAUACUUGUAUAUACUCGUUUAUAUGACAAGAUUAGUCAUCAAACACACGAUGCGUGCGCAUAUGUAUGAAGUUUUCUGCGAUUAAAAUAAUUCUUUGUACGUACUUUAAAUGUUACCGAAAAUGCUUACGUUUUUAUUUUAAAGUUUGCUCUAAACCAAGAAGUGCAUCAUUAUAAUUGAGAAUUAGUUCUUUGUUUAUUACAGUAUUUCAAGCAGAGAACGUCAAUCGUAAAAUGGUUGAACAUUCAAUUCCUUCCGAUAUUCUCGAUGACCUUAGUAGUCGGUUUAUUAUUAAUGUACCUGAAGAAGAAAGGAAAGAUUUAGUUCGAAUAUGCUUUCAAAUAGAACUUGCUCAUUGGUUUUACUUAGAUUUUUAUUGCAUAGAAGAAAAUCCAAAAUUAAAAACAUGUAGUAUGAAGGAAUUCGCUACACAUAUUUUUCAACACAUUCCAUUUUUAAAGCCACAUGUUGCAAAUAUAGAUACGGUUCUAGAACAGUGGAGAGAGUAUAAACAAAAUGUUCCAACAUUUGGUGCAAUUGUUUUAAAUGAGGACUUAACAAAAGUAUUAUUAGUACAAAGUUAUUGGUCUAAAAGUAGUUGGGGCUUUCCAAAAGGCAAAGUAAAUGAAGAUGAAGACCCUUCGCAUUGUGCUGUUCGAGAAGUAUUGGAAGAAACUGGCUUUGAUAUAUCAAAUUUAAUAGAUAAAGACGAAUAUAUAGAAUCUGUUGUAAAUGACCAAAUUGUUCGAUUAUAUAUAAUAUCAGGUGUACAAAAGGAUACCAAGUUUCAACCUAAAACUAGAAAAGAAAUAAAGAAUGUUGAAUGGUUUUCUCUGGCUGAUUUGCCUAGUAAUAAGAAAGAUAUGACACCCAAAGUAAAGAUGGGAGUUGGACCAAAUGCAUUUUUUAUGGUUGUUCCGUUUGUUAAGAAAAUGAAACGUUGGGUACAAGAGAAGCAGCAGCGUGAAAAAAACUUAAUUACAACUAGGAGAUAUAGGCAUAAGUCAUUGGGAGAUGUUGAAUCAAUUUCUAAAAGUAAACGGCAACAACAGUUAUUUUCUCAAACGGUUCAAAAUGAGGUCCUAGAUUUUAAAAGCGUUCGACAAUCAAAUACUUCACCAGCUAGGAGUCGUCGUAGCUUAUAUGAUAAUAGAAAUGCCUUAUCAAAAGCUGCAUUUAAACGCAAUUUGUUUGGUGAACAAAGUGGCGAUCGUUCGCCAUUUACUUUAGCUAAACAGUUGACGGAUAGUCCACAGGGUCCACAGUCAUAUUCAUUUUUAAAUGACCCUGCCAUUCAAUCGGUUAAGUGUAAUGAUUUUAAUUAUAAAGGAAGAAAAUCUGAAGAAGGAAUUAAAGGUUUACCAGAAGGAAAUAUCAAAUCAUUAUUAUUUGGUGAAGCUGCUCGUAAAUUAAAAAUGGAUUUUAAAACAAUACCUCCUCCAUUUACGAAUAUGGAAUGUAAUAUUCCAACGUUUCCACCGCCAAUUCGCUUUAGGUUACAUGAAUAUUCAUCAGAAUUAUGUUCUAAAAUUUGGAUACAUUUUAAAUUUGAUAAACAGGCAAUUCUGAAUUGCUUGUAAAGUAGAAAUUAUAAUUAUAUCGCGUAGACCAAAAAGAGUUUAAACUAAUGGAUAAAUCCGAUAUUGCAGUCUACUCUUUACAAGUAUAUUUUCUCUUGAAAACAUAUUUCUAAGCAUAGGACAUGAAUGACCCGUGUAUAAAAACUUUGAUAUAUUCUGUAGAUAAUACGAUU